CCAUCAUUUCUGUUUUGAAAUGUAUUUCAUUCCCCACUUUUAAGAUUAUUCGCUAAAUAACAUUAUCACAAACAAACAAAACCAAAAAGUAUAAGCUACAUAACUGCGGAAUCCCCAUCAUGUACCAAGCAAGCCAAAAAAGCGCAGAGCAGAGGAAGGAUUACGAGCUGCCCGAUCCGCCCAGCGACUCCGUUUCCGCCCUGGAAUUCGCACCGGGAACGAGUUCCUGGGACGGUAUCUGCGCCGGGAGUUGGGAUCAGUCGGUUCGCCUCUGGGAAGUGCAGUCGGAUAGGGUGGAGCCCAAGGUCUUGAAGGCCCUGGAUGGCGUGCCCUUGGAUGCCGCUUGGAACGACUCGGGGAGUAAGAUAUACCUGGCGGAUACCAACGGCUCCGUGGUGGAGUGGGACCUUGAGUCCAACCAGCUGAGGAAGGUGGGUGCCCAUGAGCGAGGAGCUCGCACCUGCCACUGGGUCGGUUCCUACCUGAUGACCACCUCCUGGGACAGGACCAUUAAGUUCUGGGAUCCACGCACUGCCUCGGAGCUGGCCACAAAGGAUCUUCCCGAGCGCAGCUUCGCCGCCGACGUCCUCCACCCAGUUGCAGUGGUGGCCUGUGCCGACCAGUCCGUCCUGGCCUUCAGCCUGGACGGGGGACCCGUGGAGCAGGCGCGGCUUUCGUGCCCGGGACUGGGCAACCAUCAGGUGCGAUCCCUGGCCAUUUUGCAGAGCAAUGCGACCGGUCAAAUGAGCUGGUUCCUGGCCAAAACCAAUGGCGUGGUGUACGAGCAGAGUUUGACCAAGAGAAGCGGCUGUCUGCCCACCAGGUGCCACCGCUCAGUCGGAUUGGACGGCUACCUGGACACCCAUGUGGUGAACGAGGUGAAGGUCAACAGGGUGACGGGCAACAUGGCCACCGUGGGUUCCGACGGGGUGUUCUGCUUCUGGGGCAACCGCAUGGCCGGCAAGUUGAUGCAGAGCCAGGUGCACGACCAGCCGAUUACCAGGUGCUCCAUCAGCGGCGAUGGCCAGCUGUUCGCCUACGCCCUGGGCUACGAUUGGAGCAGGGGACACGAGCACUUCGACCCCAACAAGAAGCCGCAGAUAUUCCUUAGACCUUUCGUGAACUAGAAGGCUUCACACCCAACCAUAUCUUGUAUAAAAAGUGUUUGUUUA